AUGGCGGCGACGCUUCUCCCCGCCGUGGCCGGAGCCGGUGAAGCCGGGAGGGCGGAGAGCCGCGGAGGGACGGCGAGAGGGCGGAGGUUGCGCGGUGCCCGCGGCGGCGGCGGCGGCGGCGGCGGGAGGAGGCGGGCCGGGCGGGCAGGGGAGGAGGCGGAGGCGGAGGAGGCGGAGGCGGAGGAGGCGGGCGCCGUGUCGCACGCAGCUCCAGGCGGGGCGGCCCGGGCGGCUGAGGGACGCGGCCAGACCUUGGCGGGACGGGCUUUGCACAAGGGCUCGGGCCCAGCGAGCGAGCGAGCGAGCGAGCCGGACACGGUCGCCCGAGUUGUUUUAGGACACGGCCCGGGAGAUGCGAGUGAGUUCUCGGCGGCCUCAGAGGGCCGAGGGACGGACGGGAGGGAGGCAGGCGGGCCACGGCGACGCAGGCCCGGCUCGAGCCGCGGUGUCGCAGUGACUGGGGCCCGCGCCCCACGCACCGGCCGAGGCCGUGAGUCGGCGAGCCGCGGGCUGGACGGAAUGGCGGCCGGCUCGGGCUUAACCGCUCGUGGGCGGAGGACGCCGGAGGGUAACGAGGAGCCGGCGGGACCCGGCCUGAAUCCACCACCCGGGCCGCGGUAG